UUCAGUCGCUAGCGGGCGGUCAGUCAGUCGGUCGGGGCGGCUGCAGCAACUCCUCCAUCCGUCCGUCCGUCCAGCGGGCCAGUGCCACUAGACUACAGGGCAGACAUGUCGCGGCCACUCACCGACAUGGACCGGAGGAAGCAGAUCAGCGUGCGGGGGCUGGCGGGCGUGGAGAACGUGACGGACAUCAAGAAGAACUUCAACCGGCACCUGCACUUCACGCUGGUCAAGGACCGCAAUGUGGCCACGACCCGGGACUACUACCAGGCCCUGGCCCACACCGUCCGGGACCACCUGGUCGGCCGCUGGAUCCGCACCCAGCAGUACUACUAUGAGAAAGACCCCAAGCGUAUUUACUACCUGUCGCUGGAAUUCUACAUGGGCCGCACUCUACAGAAUACAAUGGUCAACCUGGGACUACAGGGAGCCUGUGAUGAAGCCAUCUAUCAGCUCGGGCUGGACAUCGAGGAGCUGGAAGACAUCGAGGAAGAUGCCGGGCUCGGCAACGGAGGUCUGGGCAGGCUGGCCGCUUGCUUUCUGGACUCCAUGGCGACACUUGGACUGGCUGCCUAUGGUUACGGAAUCCGGUAUGAGUUUGGCAUCUUCAACCAGAAGAUCGCCAACGGCUGGCAGAUUGAGGAGGCUGAUGACUGGUUGAGGUUCGGCAACCCCUGGGAGAAGGCCCGCCCGGAGUACACCAUCCCCGUCAACUUCUACGGACGAGUUGACUACACCCCCGACGGGGUCAAGUGGGUGGACACGCACGUUGUCCUGGCUUUACCGUACGACACGCCGGUGCCAGGAUACCGAAACAACACCGUCAACACCAUGCGCCUGUGGUCCGCCAAAGCUCCCAACGAGUUCAAGCUGGAUGACUUUAAUGUCGGUGGCUACAUCCAGGCUGUGCUGGACAGGAACCUGGCGGAGAACAUCUCCAGAGUUCUCUACCCCAACGACAACUUCUUCGAAGGGAAAGAACUAAGGUUAAAACAGGAGUAUUUUGUGGUCGCCGCCACUCUGCAAGACAUCAUCCGCCGCUUCAAGUCCUCCAAGUUUGGGAGCCGUGAUCCCGUGCGAACCACAUUUGAAGCCUUCCCUGAUAAGGUCGCUAUCCAGCUGAACGACACCCACCCAGCGCUGGCCAUCCCUGAGCUCAUGAGGAUAUUCAUCGACAUCGAGCACUUAAGCUGGGAGAAGGCUUGGGAGAUCACCAACCGCACGUGCGCCUACACCAACCACACGGUGCUUCCGGAGGCCCUGGAGCGCUGGCCCGUGCACCUCUUUGAGCUCCUGCUGCCCCGCCACCUGGCCAUCAUCUACGAGAUCAACCGGCGGCACAUGGAGAACGUGGCGAAACGCUACCCGGGGGACAACGCCCGCCUGGGCCGCAUGUCCCUGAUCGAGGAGGGGGACAUGAAGAGGAUCAACAUGGCCCACCUCUGCAUCGUGGGGGCGCACGCCGUCAACGGAGUCGCCCGCAUCCACUCCGAGAUCCUGAAAGAGACCGUCUUCAAGGACUUCUACGAGAUGGAGCCCAGCAAGUUCCAGAACAAGACCAACGGCAUCACUCCACGACGCUGGCUGGUCCUCUGUAACCCUGGCCUGGCAGACAUCAUCGCUGAGAAGAUUGGUGAAGAGUACAUCGUCGAGAUGGAUGAGCUGAAGAAGCUGCUGAAGUUUGCCAACGACGAUGCCUUUAUCCGGGCGGUGGCCAACGUCAAGCAGGAGAACAAGCUGAAGUUCUCGGUCUACCUGGAGAAGGAGUACAACGUGAAGAUCAACCCCAGCUCCAUGUUCGACGUGCAAGUGAAGAGAAUCCACGAGUACAAGCGGCAGAUCCUCAACUGCCUGCAUAUCAUCACCUUCUACAACCGGAUCAAGCGAGAGCCGAACAAGAAGUACACACCCCGUACUGUCAUGAUCGGAGGCAAGGCCGCACCGGGCUAUCACAUGGCCAAACUCAUCAUCAGACUCAUCACUGCCAUUGGCGAGGUGGUGAAUAACGACCCCAUGGUGGGCGAUCGCCUGAAGGUCAUCUACCUCGAGAACUACCGCGUGUCUCUGGCUGAGAAAGUGAUCCCAGCGUCGGACCUGUCGGAGCAGAUCUCCACGGCGGGCACGGAGGCGUCGGGCACGGGCAACAUGAAGUUCAUGCUGAACGGGGCGCUGACCAUCGGCACCAUGGACGGGGCCAACGUGGAGAUGGCCGAGGAGGCUGGAAUGGACAACUUCUUCAUCUUCGGCAUGAGGGUCAAGGAGGUGGAUGCCAUGGAUGUGAAGGGGGGAGGAGAGGGGCGCGGGAAUGGCUACAACGCCCAGUCCUACUACGACCGUCUGCCGGAGCUGAAGCAGGCCAUGGACCAGAUCAGCGGUGGAUUCUUCUCGCCCAACGACCGCGGCCUCUUCGGGGAGAUCGUCAACAUGCUGAUGCACCACGACAGGUUCAAGGUGUUUGCUGAUUACGAGGAUUAUAUCAAAUGCCAAGACCGUGUCAGUGCGCUCUACAUGAAUCCCAAGGAGUGGACCAAGAUGGUCAUCAAAAACAUCGCCACCUCCGGCAAGUUCUCCAGCGACAGGACCAUCGGGGAGUACGCCCGCCAGAUCUGGGGCGUGGAGCCCAGCAAGCACAAGAUCCCACCUCCCAGCGAACCCCGCGAAUGAGGGAGCCACCCACCUGCACCUGCCUCCUCACCCCCCCCUUCACCCCCCACCCCCAGGGUCAGGGCCGUGCGGGGCGAUCUCAGGGGGGAGGGGAGGCGAGGGGGUCCGCUGUCUCUCGGACUUCAACCCCAGCUUUUGUCCCCUCCGGAUCUUUAACGGUUGCAUGCGUUGACAGUGUCGAUCCUUGCCGCCUGCCAGCUGGAAAACCAGCCCCCCCCUCCCCACCCCCUCCCCUCCACACUCCAGCCCAACGAAGGGGAACAGACCAAUGUGCUCCAAUAUCACACCAGCUUAAAAAAUGUCCUUCAUAUACCCCCCCACUUCCU